AUGACCAGACGACCUGUCCAUGUAGCAAAAAAUGAUGGCAAUCGACUUUGUGCCAUAUGUAGAGGCAAGGCAUGUGAAUGGUAUGUGUAUGCAAGGAAGAUAGAAUCCCACAACAAUACCGAUUAUGUGGUAAUAACUAUGCAGAGAGAUCAUGCUCACACGUGUUCGCAAGUGUUGGAUCAGAGAUGGCUCACGUCAAAAUGGCUAGUCGAGCGAUACUUGGAGAAAAUCAAAGCGAAUCCCCACAUUCCAUUGUCAGCGAUACGACAGUGUGUGGAUGAGGAGUUCGGGCUGAAAGUUGGUAGAAUGAAGGCAUACCGCGCAAGAGACACUGCAUUGGAAGGUAUUUUUGGCAAGGCCGGACGCCAAUACCGGAAACUGUUCGACUAUAAAUCUGAAUUGGAACGAACACAUCCUGGGUCGAGUGUGCAUAUAAAUACUUACUACCACAGGAUAAUUCUGCAUGCGGUGGUGCCAUUUCAAUGCGCUGUGGACGCCGUUGAUCCGAAGGGCGACGCGUUCUCUCUCUCCGAUGAGAGAUCGAAGAAGAAAAUUACUAUGCUUGAUGUAGUUAGAGCUAAUACCUUUGUGGCUGAAGUGUUGGGGCUAGAUCCACGGGAAGUUAGUGUUCCAGUUGUAGGAGGCCAUGCUGGUGUAACAAUACUGCCCCUUCUGUCACAGGUAAAACCUGCAUGCUCUUUCACCAAAGAAGAGACUGAGUAUCUGACAUCUCGCAUCCAGAAUGGGGGGACUGAAGUAGUUGAGGCCAAAGCUGGUGCAGGUUCUGCUACUCUUUCUAUGGCAUAUGCAGCAGUCAAAUUUGCUGAUGCUUGCUUGAGGGGAUUGAGAGGAGAUGCCGGUGUCAUUGAAUGCGCAUUUGUGCCUUCUCAGGUAACAGAGCUUCCAUUCUUUGCAUCAAGAGUGCGCCUUGGUCGCAGCGGAGUCGAGGAAAUCUACCCUCUUGGUCCACUUAAUGAAUAUGAAAGGUCUGUCAAGAGUGUGGUCAGUCUGGAGAAGGCAAAGAAGGAGUUGGGUGGAAGCAUUGAUAAGGGUGUGUCCUUCGCAAAGAAGUUUCAGGCAUGA